GUCAAACAUUGUUAAUUUGUCUAAAGUUAGCAUUUAACUUUGGCUUGUUUGCAGAAUUGACGAUGAUUAAGGCUUCCUAAAAAGGGAAUAUUUGUUUUUCUACGACGUCUUUAGAUAAAACAUUGUUCAAUUGGUUAAUUGCAGUUGAAGAGAAGAAAGCAAUGUACCUGCAUAACUUAACAAGUUAAGUUCAAGAAGUUGCUGGUGCUGUCUCUCUUUUUUCAGCUCAGUGUCUUCAAAUAGACAAAAGUUUUAUAGCAUUAGCAACAUAGGAGUACUAUAAAACAACAUAGGAGUAGCAACAUGGUAGGAAUUACCAUACAGAAGGUGAUAUUUCACGUGGUGAUUUUCAUUGUUGCUCUUCUGCCAUUAGUCAGCGCAACUCAGAAGCACACGAAAAAGAUUAUACACGAAUGUAACGACCACAAAAUCCUUGAGCUAAGUCCAAAGUUGUCAUUUCAAAUUAUUCUACAUGGAAUUCUCCUUUGGGCUUCCAUGGGGUUCUUGAUGCCUAUCGCUAUUCUUGUAAUAAGAAUGUCAAAUAAAGAGCAAAAUGGAAGAAGGCUAAAGAUCAUUGUGUACACUCAUGCUUCCUUACAGAUACUAUCUGUUCUCCUUGUAGUAGUAGCAACAAUCAUGUCAGUAAUAAACUUUGAGAACUUUUUCGAUAAUACGCACCAGAGACUUGGCUUAGCUCUAUAUGUUGCCAUAUGGCUGCCAAUAAUCGCUGGGAUUUUUCGACCUGACAGGGGAAGCAACAAUAGGGGUGUAUGGUAUGCAUUUCACUGGCUUAUUGGAAUCACAGUUACUUUACUGGGAAUCGUCAACGUGUAUAUAGGUUUACAAGCCUAUAACACCAAAACAAUGAAAAGCACAAGUGUUUGGAACUGGCUUUUCAGUAUUGAGGCUGCUGUUAUCGCGUUCAUCUAUCUGUUCCAAGAAAAAUGGCAGUAUAUAAAGCAAUCAGGAGGUAUUUUAGGCAAUGAAUCAGUACGACCAACAGAUCAAGAAGCAUCUCCAACUCAGAAAAAGGAACUGUCACCCAUGGCAUAAUCAGAGCCAUGUUAAGACUUCAGACAAACAAAUAAUUUUGCCUUUAACAAAGAUAAAUUUUCUUCUUUUUU